UGCGCACCGGUUCUGUUUAUCAAAAUUCCAAGAUGGCGACGGAAAGUUUGCGAGAGAGGAAGAAAGUAGCUUGGCGAGAACAGUUUUUAGCCAACGUAGAAAACAAGGACAAUUGUCGACUCGUGAAGCGCAUUCUUAAGAAAGAUCCCUCUGACCGUUCAGACAAGGACAGAAGCAUUUUAAAGGAACUUGAAGGACUUGUAGCUGAAGUUGAAGACCGAGCCCGGAAGCAAGCAAACGCAAAGAGGAAAGCCGAAGAGAUAUUAGACCCAGAAGAGCUACUGGAAGAGAAAAUAAGUUGCCUCGUUGAAGCAAUUCGUCAAGCGAAAGCGUUGGUUGUGUACACUGGCGCGGGAAUAAGCACCGCAGCUCGUAUUCCAGAUUACAGAGGACCAAAUGGAAUAUGGACUAGGCUUUCUAAAGGAGAAAAGUUAGGUUCAUAUAAUUUGUGCGAUGCUGAACCAACUGUGGCACACAUGAGUUUAACGAAACUCCACAAUGAAGGAUUUGUAAAACACAUAGUCUCACAGAACUGUGACGGCCUCCACAUAAGAAGUGGUUUACCAAAAGAUGCCUUGUCUGAAGUACAUGGGAAUAUGUUUUCGGAGGUCUGCACAGAAUGUGAAGACGAAAGGUUGUACUACAGAUUAUUCGAUGUAACUGAGAGAACAUCCUUAAGACGACACCAGACGGGCAGGAAUUGUUAUGAAUGUGACUCUCCACUACGAGACACCAUUGUUCAUUUUGGUGAAAAGGGUUCCCUUGAGCAUCCUCUCAACUGGCAGGAAGCUCUGGAUGCAGCUAAAAAGAGCGAUUGUAUUCUUUGUCUUGGUUCUAGUCUGAAGGUAUUAAAAAGAUAUCAUGCAUUAUGGGGCAUGAACAGAGUAAAGCACAAGAGACCCAAACUGUUCAUUGUGAAUCUUCAAUGGACACCCAAAGAUGAAUGUGCAACACUAAAAAUAAAUGCUCGAUGUGAUGAUGUAAUGCGUAUGGUAAUGAACAAACUUGGAUUAGAAAUUCCAGAAUACAAAAGGAGCUGUGAUCCUCUCUUCACACUUGCAACUCCAUUACAGCCACAAGAACUCAAUACUCAUAGCACCAAAUCCCUCACACCGCUCAUGGACCCCUUAAAUAUGGACCCUCUACAUACACCCCUAUCAAAAGAGUCCCAAAACGCGAACGAAGAAGGUAAUCUUAAAAUUGAAAGCAAUAAUAGCAAUGACCAUGAGGGAGAUGCGAAAACUUCAUGUCCUGGUUGGUAUGGUAAAGGAUUUGGCAAAGUGAAAAAGUCUGCUAAAAGACGCAAAACGAGAUGACAGCAUUUAUUAGAAGAUAAAUUGAGUACAUUUUUCUAGGAGAGUACCCGGGAAUUGCAUGUUUAGCUCUGCACAACAGUUGCCACACCAUUUUCCAAUAUCCACAUUAUCAUUAUUACGACUCUCAUGAAAGAAACUUUGGCAGGAUGAAACCACAGCUAACCCAGUAUUUGAAAAUUGAUAUUAGAUUUCUAUAAAAAAAUUGACAAAAAAAAAAAAGAUUACAGAAUACAUGUUGUUCACUUUCUACCCCUCUCACCUCAAUCAUGUGCACUGUUUACUUUUCGUUUCUAUGGUCACCUUGUUGAAAAAGACUUUGAUUACCAAUAUUGCAUGUAGCCUGAAUUGCUUUGCCGCCUGCGGGUGUUGCACAAUUAAUAAUCAAAACAAUAAAUUUAUAAAUUCUA